AUGAGAGAUGAAUCGAAGGCGGACGAUGAUGAUGAAAGGAAGAAAGUGUAUCCCAAGGCGGAGAGGUAUGUGGAUAAGGCGGACGAAACUGGAAAGCCGAUAGUGGCUUUGUCCGAAGCUGCUUGCUCCCUCUCUCGUUACCGCAACGACGAAGGAUGGCAGAGAAUCAUAAACGCGAAGCGCGUCUUUCCCGAGGUCAAGAGGAGGUAUGUGGAUCCGAAGGAAAAGCCGAUAGUGGCUUUGUCGAUAGCAGCUUUCUCCAGAGCUGCGGCAGAGAUUAAUCCUGUAGAUCUUUCGACUUUCAUCGAAAAAUUACGGGCCGAUUGUUGGUUGAGUCCGGAGGAACAGACUUUGAGAUUUAUGGCUUACUAUACGGAAAAACUUUCCCAAGUGUCAAUUCCAUGGAUGAAGAUGUUCAAUGAGUCUAGUGUAUCCACGCUGAUCGAGGUUCCCUUAUCUCAUAUUCCUACAUGUGUCUACCAAAAAUCAGUUGAUUGGAUGAACAAACUUCCAUUAGUGUCACUCACUGGCCUUGUACGGUUUGCGCUCACACGCAUUCACGCUGAUUGGGUAGCACAAGAUAAUUUUUCCAUAUCUGAGGAGGCGAUAUUUAUUGGAUUAGCGAUGGUAUUGCGUAGUAACCCGCAUGCUUUGACUCCUCCUUUUUUGGCGAUGCUGAGGGAGAGUCCUAUGUAUCAAGGGGAGGACAAGCUCGGGCUUAUAGUUUGGAUUGUGGCGCAGGCCUCCAAAGGUGAUAUAGGUUGUGGAUUGUAUUCAUGGGCGCAUGUCUUGUUACCACUAGUCCAUAAUUACAAGAGCUGCAGUCUUCAGUCAAUGGAUCUCAUCCUCCAAUUUGUUGAGAUCAUUUUGUCGAAUCCAGAGGCGACCAUACUUGUAAAUCGACCUUCUAGGGAGGGAGAGCGGCUGAUUCCAGCUUCUUCCUUUGAGAUCCUGGAUACAAAGAGGUUUGAGGCAGUUUAUCCCUUGUUGAAAGAAGUAGCCCUUGCACCAGAGAGUGGAGAAAACGCUGUGGGACAGAUAUUCAAUUUCUCCUUGAAAUUAGCUGGAGAAGAAGGAAACCCUGGUCUAGCCAAGGAAGCUGCAGCAAUCGCUAUCCGGUGUGUGACAGAAAACCUUGAUUGCUUCAAGGAGUGGGAUAUUCUCUACGAGGAGCAUCUAGAAGCUAGCGUUGCUCUUCUUAGAGAGCUUGUAGAUCAAUCCCCUGAGUUAUCAUCAUCACCUUAUCAUGCUCACACUGUCAAUCGAACUUUGAAGAGCUUCAGGCUAAAGAACGAAAAAUAUUGGUCACUUCACAAAGAAGCUGACAAGUCGUGCAAACUCAUCUCUGGGAGGCUCUCCCCUCCAAGUGGAAGUGGCAUAAAACAGGCUGCUCUUCUGGUUCUAGCCAGUGCUUCAGGAGCCGCCGCACUUACUCUCUUUCUACUAUGCUUUUGA